AUGAACCCAACUAAGAUGUACCUUGUCGGUUACAACCUCUCGAUGGUCAUCGGAUGGUCGUACAUCCUUUUGACGUAUAUUCUCACUGCUCUUUCGACCAAAUUUUCUCCGCAGGAAAUGUACCCACAAGUCCACAUCGCGCUUCAAAUCUUCCAGUACGGCGCAGUCUUAGAGAUCUUCCACACACUCUUUGGACUUGUCCGUUCGCCACUCUUCACGACUAUCACACAAGUCUUUUCACGAGUUAUUUUGGUUGCUGUCUUGGAGUAUAUUCCAGAGUCUAGAGGACUUGGAUUUUUGUUACUUGGAUGUGCGUGGUCGGUCACUGAAGUCAUCAGAUACUCGUUCUACUCAUUCAAAUUGUUUGACUUGCCAGUGCCAUACCCAUUGCUAUGGUGCAGAUACUCUUUCUUCAUUGUGUUGUACCCAAUGGGUGUGUCUGGGGAAGUCAUUACAUUGUUCUUGUCGUUGCCGUUCUUCAAAACCGUGAUGUUCUUCGGACUCUUCCCAAUGUCGUACAUCAUCUGGGCCCUCAUUUUGUACUACAUCCCGGGCUUGUAUAUGCUUUACACAUACAUGCUCUCCCAGCGAAAGAAAGAGCUUGGCCAGAAAAACAUGAACAAGCCAAUUGAGGUCAGCAAGAAGGAGUAA